AUGGAUAAACGAAAAGAAAAAAAUAAAAUUAUCAUAGGCUCUAAUAGUGAUUUUACUGACAAAUCAACUAACAUCUUUAAAGAAUCAAAUGUUUUAUCUAACGUUAAAGGUAAAAGUAAAAAUAAGCAUGAACAACAUGAAUUCGAAGAUGAGAAUAGUAUUAAAGAUGAUGAUGUUUCUGUUGUGGAAAAUUCAAAAAGUGAAAAUCUUUCAAAUAUUCACAAUGAAUCAUCUAUCUUUUCGGUUUCUUUCAAGAAUAUCAAGAGCAUGAAGUAUUUAGCCAAAGAUUUUAAUCGCAUGGAAUCUGAGGAAAUUACAGUUGAUAACGGUAAUACCGUAAAAAUCAUAUUUCAUGUGCAUUUACCUAAUGUUCAUGUCGGAGUUCCUGUUAUAGUUGGUAAUAUAGAGGAACUUGGCAAUUGGCGAGAACCUAAAGUUAAACUUGAACAAUAUAAAAAAGGUUGGAAUUAUUCAUCUGAUUCAUCUUAUUGGUAUUCGGAGCCUAUCGUUAUCCCGAUCAAAAGAUUUCAUAAGACUGUUAAAUAUAAUUAUGCAGUGUUUUCAUCUCACUUACAAUUUGAAGGAUAUGACCCGCUUGACGUCCGUGUGCUAGAAAUUCAACGUCAAAAAUUUGAUAUUUGGAAUAAUAAUUACUUUCAUAGAAUUGACAGAAUCACCGAUUAUAUGUUCUUAGACAUCAUUUAUGAAUCCGCAACUUUAGAAAGCAUCAAGCAUGAUAUUUUAUAUUAUGAUAGUAUCCUAAGACAACAUCGCGAAUUUACUUUAUCCGUAACAAAUAUUCAAUUUAUUAGCAAACGUAUAUCGGUUGAUUCCAUUGGUAAACAGCUUUUUUUGUGCUUUCUUUUAGGACAUUGUCCUAAUAUUAACGGAAGAAAUGAAUUACCAAACGAUUUUCAAUCUGUUACUUUGCUUCAAGCUUUCUUCACGAUUGAUUCUGACACAUUUCCAAAGGAUAGUUUGUAUAUUGUAUUAAAAGGACUUGACAUUUUAAUUCAUCACAAUAUUCAUAAUGGGUUAUUAGCAUGGCUCGAAAUCUUUACCGUUGCACAAAAUUUCGAUCCUCAAUAUGAAUUCAUCGACACAAUAACUUUUUCUAAAUGCGAUGAUGAAAAAUAUAUCGAAAAUUGUUUUGAGCUGGUACUGAAAUUAGAAUUUGACGAAAGUUCUCAUGUGAAAAUUAUCAAGUGGUUGAUGAGCCAAUGUAAAAACGUGAAAAUCUUAUCAAUCGUAUGGCAAUCUUCAAAUAAUAAAAAUGACAAGAAACUUCGACAACUUUUAAUUGAAAAUAUUAAAAAAAUUAUAUCAAAUGAUGACCCUGAUAAUUUGCAUAGAAAUUUUACUAUGCUUCCUGAUGACAUUAGAGAUAUAGUCUCUGACUUAUUUAGGAAAAGAGUACUUGACAUAUUAAUCAAUGGUCGCCGUGUUAUUUGGGAUUGUUCCAAGUACCAAUCGAUUUUUGUUUUUUUAAAUUCCGUACAUCUACGCUGGACAAAAGAUGAAUAUAUUGUUGUUUUGGAAUUAGUGUCGAUCUUAGAUGAUUAUCAGCUAUUAAGCAUGUUUCCAUCAUUACUGGAAAAUUUGAUGGAAAUGUCGAAAGGUAUUGAAAAUAAAAUAGCUCAAAUUUAUACUCAAUGGUAUAAAAAUCUCAUGGAUAGAAUGGAUCAAAUAUCAUCCAAUUCAACGGAUCAUAAGGGAGAAUACAUAAUCGCAGUUUUGGAGAAAUUGUCAAGCAUCUGUUCAUUAAUUAAUGAACAAUCAAAAUUGGAUGAAUUAAUGGAAAUAACGUUCGAUCGUAUUAAAUGUUCUUCAGAACUAUCAAUUCUUAACACUGCACCUAAUGUUGAACAAUUUGGUUCAGCAGCGGUACGUGUAUUUACAAAAGUUAUUGAAGAAAAAAUAGAUUCAAUGAAAUUAGAUCGCGUUAAACCUUUAUUAAACAAAAUGCAAGUUAUUUGUGGUUCUACUGGUAAAAGUUUAAAGAUUCCAAAUAACGAGCAAUAUGAAAUUAAGGAAGAAACUUGUCAAACACUUGUAUCAUUCGUCAAUCGAAAUGCUAUAUUACCUCAAAUGAAAGAUCAUUUGUUUAAUUAUUUUAAUUGUGAAAAGGAUAAAUACGAACGAGCUCUAGAAACGAUUAACCAUAGAUUAGGUCGCAUAUUUGAAACCCUUCAAAAACAUGAACGGCCAGUGAAAAAUUCCGAAGGACGCGUAAUGUCAGAUAUC